AUGCCAAAACGUAUGGAGGCAUUAAUUCUUCGUGUACAGGAUGAGAUUUGUGCCGGUAUUGAAGCUGUGGAUGGUAAGAUGUUUCGUGAGGAUAAAUGGGAACGACAAGGACACGGCGGUGGUGGUCGUACUCGUAUUCUACAAGAUGGCAAUGUGUUUGAAAAAGCUGGUGUUGGUGUAUCGAUUAUUCAUGGUAAACUACCACCUGCUGCAGUAAAGCAAAUGACAGCAAGAGGAAAAGAUCUGAAAGAGGGACAGGAGAUACCAUUUUAUGCUUGUGGAGUGAGUUUAGUCAUGCAUCCACAUAAUCCAAUGGCUCCUACCAUUCACUUAAACUAUCGCUACUUUGAGGUAGAGACGGGAUAUUUUAACAAGAAUGGUCAACCUAAGAAACUUGGCUGGUUUGGUGGAGGAGCUGAUUUAACACCGAGUUAUCUCUUUGAGGAAGAUGCGCGCCAUUUUCAUGCCGUGUACAAGACGCAACUGGAUAAACGGGAUCCGGACAUUUACCCAAAGUGGAAAAAAGCGUGUGAUGAGUAUUUUUACAUCCCUCAUCGUCAAGAAGGUCGUGGAAUUGGUGGCAUCUUUUUUGAUGACCUUACUGAUACGUCGGAAGAGAACUUUCAGAUGGUUCGCAAUUGUGCGAACUCGAUGCUCGAUGCGUACGUUCCAAUUCUCAAAAAGCGCAAGGACUUGCCAUUUACGAAACAGCAGAAGGAGUGGCAGCAAAUGCGUCGUGGCCGCUACGUCGAGUUCAAUAUCAUGUACGAUCGAGGCACCAAAUUUGGUUUGUUGACCCCUGGCUCACGUGUCGAGUCGAUCCUCAUAUCACUUCCUUUAACGGCGCGUUGGGAAUAUAUGCACCAGCCUGAUUCUGGAUCAUGGGAAGAAAAGACUGUUGAGGUGCUGAAGAACCCCGUGGACUGGCUCAAUGUGCCUGAAGUCGAGUUAGAGACGCUUUCAACAGGUGAGUUGUUGAAGGAGCUUGCCAGAAGGAGCGAGUAA